UACAUCCCUUCAUCUUGCUUCCCAAGACGACAAAGUAGGUGCUGGUGAGAUUUUAGUUAAGCAUGGUGCCAACAUUGACCAACAAACCAAAGUAAGAAGAAUAUUAUUAUAUCCCAAAUUAAGACAUUUUCCCUAAUAAAUAUCAUCGAUGCUGAAAAUAUGAUCUCUAUUUCAGUUGGGAUACACACCUCUUAUUUUUGCCUGUCACUAUGGAAAUGCUAAGAUGGUUAAUUUCCUGUUGAAGAGUGGGGCAAGUGUCAAUGCUAAAACAAAGAAUGGUUACACACCUCUACACCAGGCUGCACAACAAGGCAACACACACAUCAUUAGUGUCUUACUCCAGCAUGGAGCCAACCCCAAUGCAAUCACUGUGAAUGGAAACACUGCUCUUGCCAUCGCACGUCGCCUCGGUUACAUUUCUGUGGUUGACACUCUAAGAGUACUCACAGAGGAAAUUAUCGCUACAACAACGACAGUGACAGAGAAACACAAGCUAAAUGUGCCAGAGACUAUGACAGAAGUCCUUGAUGUGUCUGACGAAGAGGUGUUAUCUAUAAACUGUAUGUUUUUCUUUAGUUUGGAUAGGUCCUACACAACCACUUACCAAAGUUACUUCCCUGUAAAACAUUAUGGGAUGAUGGGGGAUAUGGUAUACAGUAACAAGGUGUCUUCUCUUGAAAAUGAAAAGGAUUCAUAUAGCUGGGAAAUGGAAAACUUGGACAACAUAGCACUUUCCUCAAGUCCUGCUCAUUCCGGUUUCUUAGUAAGCUUCAUGGUGGAUGCCCGUGGAGGUGCCAUGCGUGGAUGCCGUCACAAUGGUCUACGACUGAUCAUUCCACCACGGAAAUGCAGUGCCCCUACUCGAGUCACCUGUAGACUGGUGAAAAGGCACCGACUGGCAACCAUGCCCCUCAUGGUAGAGGGUGACGGUCUAGCUAGCAGGCUGAUUGAGGUUGGACCCUCUGGAGCCUAUUUCCUUGGGCCGGUGAUUGUGGAGAUCCCUCACUUUGCGGCUCUAAGAGGAAAAGAGAGGGAGCUGGUGAUCUUACGCAGUGAAACAGGAGAGAGUUGGAAAGAGCAUCAUUGUGAAUUCACAGGAGAAGAGCUCAACCAGAUCCUCAACGGCAUGAAUGAGGGACUGGACCCACCAGAAGAGUUGGAGAGAAAGCGAAUCUGUCGCAUUAUCACUCGAGACUUUCCACAGUAUUUUGCUGUGGUGUCAAGAGUUAAGCAGGACAGUAAUCUCAUUGGUCCAGAAGGUGGAAUUCUGAGUAGCACAGUGGUCCCUCAAGUACAGACUGUCUUCCCAGAGGGGGCUCUCACUAAGCGCAUCCGUGUAGGCCUGCAGGCUCAACCAAUGAGUGUUGAUGUAGUGAGGAAGAAUUUGGGUAAUAAAGCCACAUUCAGCCCUAUAGUCACUCUGGAACCGCGGAGGAGGAAAUUCCAUAAACCCAUAACCAUGACCAUCCCUGUCCCGAAGAGCUCCACUGACCCAAUUCUUGGCGGCUUUGAAGGUGGAGAUACUCCUACAUUACGUUUGCUAUGCAGCAUCACAGGUGGGACCACUCCUGCUCAAUGGGAGGAUAUCACUGGGAAUACACCAUUAACAUUCACCAAUGACUGUGUGUCUUUCACCACAAACGUGUCUGCCAGAUUCUGGCUUAUAGACUGCAGGCCGGUGCAGGAGUCGGUGAACUUUGCCACUCAGGUGUAUCGUGAGAUCAUCUGUGUACCUUACAUGGCCAAAUUUGUCAUCUUUGCCAAAACACAUGACCCUAUUGAGGCACGAUUGCGCUGUUUCUGUUUGACUGAUGAUAAAAUACACAAAACUUUGGAGCAGGAAGAAAACUUCACAGAAGUGGCACGUAGCCGAGAUGUGGAGGUAUUAGAAGGAAAACCAAUCUAUGUAGUCUGUUUUGGAAACCUGGUUCCUCUAACGAAAAGUGGCCAGCAUCAUAUCUUCAGCUUCUAUGCCUUUAAAGAGAAUGGACUGGCUCUUCUUAUCAAAAUACGAGACAACUCUCAAGAGCCUUGUGGACGUUUGUCCUUCACAAAAGAGCCAAGAUCUUACAGGACUUUGACUCAUAAUGCAAUAUGCAAUAUAAACAUCACCCUGCCAGCUUACUCAAAGGAUUCAGAUUCAGAUCAAGAACCUGAUGAGGAGAAAAGCCGAAUACUUGAGAAAUGUAAGAUGUCUAAUCUUAUCAAAAUAUGUUGUCUUGCACCAGACACCUUUCCACUUAACUUACUAACUGAGAAUGUAUCUGUAUGCAGAGAUCUACUGCCUGAAAAUGAUACAGAGAAUAGUGCAUUUGAUGACAGAUUUGACAGAGUUAGACAUGAAGCAUUGGUUGACUCCCCCAAUGCCAGCCUAACUGACUUGGAAGGUCCAUUAAGUUCUGAGGAAAAAUGCAAACAGGAGGACAUGGCUGCAACUCCAGAAACAAGCCCUGGUAGCCUCUCAUUAUCACCGAAAAAAACAACUCAGCCUUUACUUGUAAAGACCUCAAAACCAGUAGCAGUCACCCUUAAAGCCAAGACAAGUAAAGUAUCUGUUUCUUUUUCUACUGAGAUGAAGACAACUAAUGAUCAGGCAUCUGAUGUUACAGUUCAUCAUCCAUUGUCAAGCAAGGAGGUGGAUGAACCAAUAAAAAUAGAACAACACAGUGUGAUCACAGGGCCUCUGACAACCUCCAACCCCCCUGAAAUCCCACCAGACAGUUGUGACGAUGACAGUUGUGAGCAGACGUCCCUGAUGACAAGUUCGGUUAAGAGUCCUUUCUCACCUGACACACCAAGUUCUGUAGAGAAUUCAAUGCAAGAAGAAGAUGAUGCAUUUGCAGCACGAUUCAAAGAAGAAGAGCAAAAGAUCUUGGGUCUGGGUGUAGAUCAGCAUUCCCAAGGGGCUACUCCAGACACAACACCAGCACUGACACCCACUGAGGAGGGUACACCAACAAGUGAACAAAAUCCUUUUCUUUUUCAAGAAGGAAAACUUUUUGAGAUGACAAGAAGUGGUGCGAUAGACAUGACAAAAAGGAGUUAUGAGGAGGAAGGUUUUGCAUUUUACCAAAUAGAUCAACCCACUGUAGAAGUCAUAGCUGAAGAAGGAGGUAAUGAAGCUGUUAGAACAUCCGGUGAUGCUGAGAUUGAGAUUGGUUGUGACCCCUCUUUGCAAAUAAAAGCAGAGGAGGAUGAAGACCUCCUUAAAGAGGCUGCAGAUUUAUCUGUGCAUGCUCCUGCUAGUGAUAACCUGGCUUCAGCUACAAAGUCAGAUUUUUCAGAUUCUAAAACCCCCACCAAAAUUUCUGCUUUAACCAAAACCCUAGAGAAGGAUGAAACAAUAUUAGAGAUUAAAUCAGACAAAGUUAUGAGUGAGAAACAUUUUGUAUCAGGUCCUGGUUCCUCUGACAUUGACAUAGCCAAUGUCCAGACAGCAGUGUCUAAAGUUACUAUAUCAGUUUGUUCCCAACAAGACCAAGAGUACUCAGAUUCCUCCCCAGAUGAUCAACACUCAGUAAUAGAACAAACCCAAUCCCCUGAAAAAACUGAAUCCCACAGUAAACUUGUCUUUAACCGUUACAAUGCAGCAUCUCUGUCAUCUAUGCGUAGAAAAGAUAUGUCCACCUCCAAAGAGGAAGAGAAACCCAAAUCCCGAAUUCCUGUUAAGGCCAGCUCCCUAAGGUCUGAAUGUGUAGAACUUGCCAAGGAAAAGAAGUCAAAGUUGCCCAUGAAACCUCAAUCAAGGAGAAAAUCUGAGAAAGACACAGGUCCAUCCAUAGCCUCCAAUUUAACAAAGUCUCCUAAAGCCAAGAGCUUCUGUGAAAGUAAUUCCACCAAAAAAACAGCCAAAAAGGACCAGAAUCAUCCAACAAGCACUGACCUAUCAAUCACAACUAAGAAACUUCCUUCAAGAUUACCAAUUAGGGGAAAGCCUGCUCAACCGGUUCAAACUUCCACACCAACAAAACAAAAAAAGGUCCAACAAACUGACACAAACAAACCGUCCAUUCUAUUUUUUAAAGAUGUUAGUCAAAAGGCAGAUCAUAAGGUAGUGGAUAGAUUAGCUCAGGCAGAGAAAGACAAACAGGAGGCUGUUGCCUUAUCUGACAAUGAAAGCAUCAGCAUCAAUGCCUCAAUAUUGGAGAGUGAACCUUUUACUUACUUCCAAAUGCCUUUCCCUGAGGAUUUCUUGGUUAUUAGGCCCAGAUGGGACAACCCUGUUGAGACACAGAUGGAACGAAUCCCUGCUGAUAGAAUCCAAAGUCAAGUAGAUCGACAGGAUGAGGCUGACAGGAAAGAGGAAUGCCUGUCUAUAAUAGCAGACCACCUUGGUUUCAGCUGGUCAGAAUUGGCUCGAGAGCUUGAAUUCAGUGAGGUACAGAUCAAUCAUUUAAGAAAUGAGAAUCCAAAUUCUCUUCAAGUCCAAAGCCAUGCCCUCAUAAGGCUAUGGAAAGGAAAGGAGGGCAAAAAUACUACAGAGAACACUUUGAUGAGGACACUUACAAAAAUAAAUCGUAUGGACAUUGUUCAUCUCAUCGAAUCAAAAAUCAUCCAGUCCAGUCAAGACCAGUCAUCACACACCUAUGCAGAAAUUGAGCAAACUGUGUCAUUGGAUCAUCGUGAAGGGUUUUCAGCCCUGCAGGAUGACAUGGACAGGCCCAGGCCAGGUUGGCGAGCAGAAGUCACACAAAAAGGAUUAGAACUUGGACCUCUGGUGGGAUCUGUCGAGGAUCUCUCCUGCAAUGUAUCUUUCUUAGAUGAUUCCAAGGAAAAGAGGUUGCUGAAAGACAAAGAGAUGGAUUCAGAGGUGGUCGGGGUCUCAGCACAUAGUUUUUUUGAUAUGGUUGGACUAAGGCAACCAUUCUCAGCCGUUAUCAAAAAAGAUGAUGAACAGAUUAAAGAUACCCUCUGAGGCCGAGACAAAUGCAAUGUGAGAUUUUGGGCACACCCUAUUGGAAAUUUGAGAAUGCCGAGACAGAUUUGGAUGAGUUUUCCUUGGAACUCAAGCAAGAUUCUGAAGAUUAUAUUCCCUCACCUGUCUCCAGUGCAAUGAAUUUCUUUACAUCAAAUGAAAAUACAGAAAAUGCAUCUGCCUCAAUGAAUAAAUAUGAGGUUGCACUUCCAAAGAAACCAAGUGAGAGGGAGAAUUAUAUACAGCUCUGUUGAGACCCGGAUGCAUAAGACACACACUCAGAAAAGCACAGAAGUGAAGGAUGGCCAAGCCAAACAAACCCACCUGGAAUGACUGAAGGACACCCCAGAUUACCUGCGAACGGAUGACCUACAGAAGCACCUGCAUCAGCUGCUUCAAUGCUACUGUACCCCAGAGGUGACUGAAGAGCCUGGUGUAGGGCAAGAUUCAGGACAAACAACAAGGCACCACCUUCUGCAAUGUUUAUUUGGUUGUGGUAGGCAUUUAAUAGAACUUUCUUUAAUAUCUGUAGCCCUUUAUAAUAACUCAGAAUAACUCUUCGCUUGCUUACCAGAUCCCCUUUUAUUUAUUGCUUGAUCUUUUCAUUCAUGGCAAAUAAUGAAACAUUUUAAUUGCAUUAUGGCUGAAUGUUGUUCUUAUUUUGUUCCUGACUGAAUUAAUUUUCUCAUUUUGUGACCAAAGAUAGUGUUAUCUGAAUUGCGGAGCGAUUUCUAUGAAACAUAGAUUUGUGUGUCUGUGUGUGUGUGUGUGUGUGUGUGUGUGUGUAAUUUUGGUUUCUGUGGUAUUGUAGAAGCAGAGGUAAACAUAAUACUGAAAUAUUAAUAUGGGCCAGUUUGGAUGCUGAGCUCAUUGUCUAGCCACUAAGGUGUAAACACAUUUGUAAAUAAUGGACUUUGAAAAUGUUUAAAAACCCUGUUAUAUACUCUUUUGUCUCCUGUAAUUGCUGUACAACUGCAUCAAUGGAUUGCUGUAAUUAAAAACAUGUCAGAUAACUUGCUCAAAAUCUCUCUACAGACCUGAUAAAAUAUCACCAUAAUAUCUUUGGGGCAUGUGAGUUUGUAACCAGUUAAUCAAGUGCAAGCAAUCAGCUAUCAGAUAUAACUGGCUACUGUAUGUAUUUAUACUGGCUAUGACAGAGAUUUAAAAGCAACAAAUAAAUAUCAUGCUGUAGUUUUUUUUAAUACCAGUAAAAUGAGUUUACAUGAGAAUUUAUCAGUUUUAAGUGGAUGAAAUUGUUUUUUCAUGUUCUCCACUAUUAAGGUAUUUCAUAGUGAAAGAAUUCUGUCAUUAUCUAUACAGUACAUUCAGUUAUUCUGUCUAACCUACAGAAUAUGUGUGUGUACUCAGAUCUCCUCUGUGACAAUGCAACGGUUUAUGUUCGUUAAAAACAUUUUUUUUUUCUUUUUCUUUUGAAUAAAUGUUAAAUAAAUUUUCUGUCAUUUUGUGCAGCCCACUCCCCUCCCCACUCAGUAUGACCGAAUUCAAUAAUAAUUUAAAUCUCCCUCAAAAACUGUGCUUGUGGGCUUGACUUGUAUCUUCCCUAUUUGCGAUGCACCUUUAGGGGCUUACAAUAGAACUCAGAACAGGGAGGGAAAGUGUUUAAAA